AAUUAAUAGGCUUAGCACUCCAACAGCUCUCGGACUCUGCUUCCCACAGCUGCAAGAACAGACCCCCAGACAAAGCUCCCAGGACAGACCCCAAUCAAAGCUCCCUCCCAGGACAGACCCCAGUCAAGGCUCCCUCUCAGGACAGACCCCAAUCAAAGCUCCCUCCCAGGAUAUACCUCAAUCACAGCUCCCAGGACAGACCCCUGGACAAAGCUCCCAGGAUAGACCCCAAUCAAAGUUCCCUCCAAGGACAGACCCCAGACAAAGCUCCCAGGACAGACAUCAAACAAAGCUCCCAGGACAGAACCCAAACAUAGCUCCCAGGACAGACCUUAAUCAAAGCUCCCAGGAUAGACCUUAAUCAAAGCUCCCAGGACCGACCCCAAACAAAGCUCCCAGGACAGACCUGCAUUCAAAGCUCCCAGGACAGACGCCUAGACAAAGCUCCCAGGACAGACCCCUAGACAAAGCUCCCAGGACAGACCCCAAACAAAGCUCCCAGGACAGACCUUAAUCAAAGCUCCCAGGACAGACCUGCAUUCAAAGCUCCCAGGACAGACCCAGAGUUACUUCUGUCGGAAGAGGAGAUAUUAAACAGGCUCAGAUGAUUAUGGAUUUUCUGAGCGAAAAGUUUGCCCUGAAGAGCCAGUCCAACAAAAACAGCGGCUUUUACAUGGGAGCAGGGGGCAAUUUGGAGCAUGUUAUGGAAACUCUGGACAAUGAGUCGUUUUACAGCAAAACCCCAGCAAACAAAUGCGUUCAGGCCUUCAAUGCCAUCCAGAGGAAUGAUCAUGUGAGAAUGGAGAGAUCGUCUCCCUGCCAAGACAGCAAUGGUAAGAAUCUCACUGUAUCCCUGCUACAGAGAGAAACUUUGUAUCCAGUGAGUCUCUGGCAGCCAAAGGGUUACAUUCUGUCAAUCUGCUUAGACAGCUCAGUGUUUGCUUUCUACUAACCUUAACAUUGAAUAUGUUUCAUUUAACUCUUUGAAUGCAUUCAAACCUGCCUUCUGAGUGGGGUUUAUUAGCUCAACGGCAAAUUGUAGUGUUUUUUCCCCCCCAAUUUCCCAAUUGAUUUUAACAUCCAAUUAACAAUGAACUAUAUCUAAAAUGCAGCGUGUUAUCAAAUCAGAACUUUCUGUCUACAUUUUUCCAGUUACUGCAAAUCAGUAUUUUGUGAAUUAACCAAGUUGACAAAAUAACUAUUUAUUAAAACAUAUAAAAUAUAUUAGACAUGCUAUCACUGAGAUGAAUGUAUCCACAGGCAAAUAAGAUUAAUAAAAAAAUAAAUCAAUUGAUUCCUACAUAGCGGUGAUUGUUACAUUAAUCUUACUUUGAUAAAUAAUGCAAGCUCUUAAUUAUUUACAACAUGCAAAUAAAUUGUACAAUAUAGGUGGUAAAAUUACAUAUGUUCCUGCAAUUCCAUACAUAAUAAUAACAAAACAAACAUUUAUAAAGUAUUUUAAGACCAUUGGGGUCUGUAUUGUACAAAGAACAAUUCUGCAGGAAAGUGAAAAAUUGGAGCAAAAACAGGGACAUUCUAUUGGUUUCCAUGGUGAUUGCUUCAACUUUAGAACUUUGCCCCAGAGUUUAUUUUUUUCUAAUUUCAAGAAUAAUGCGUUUAAAAUCACUCACACUUUGCCUGAUAAAAGCGUCAUGUCCUUCUGGUUUAAGAUGUCCAGGAGGACACGUACAGUGAUUCUAUCUAGAAUUCGUUCAAUGAAUCAGUAUUUAAAUUACGAUUAAUCUCGAUAUAUUUUGGAAUCAGGCCCAGCUGACUUACUGAAGUAUAUUUAUAUAUUAAUAUGUUUGAGUUGAAACAGGAGAGAUGCCAAGUCAAAAUGUCAGCAAAACUGAAGUCCAAUUAUAUUUAAUAUCUAGUAUUUAACAACAAGGAUUAGAAUGUUUGACACGUAUUUCAGUAUUUCUAAGGAGCCACGGUAAAGUUUAAUAUUUUAGGCGAUAUAUAAAACAUAUAUAUAUAUAUAUAUAUAUAAACAUAUAUAUAUAUAUAUAUAUAUAUAUAUAUAUAUAUAUAUAUAUAUAUAUAUAUAUAUAUAUAUAUAUAUAUAUAUAUAUAUAUAUAUAUAUAGGAGAUAUGUAAAAUAUAAAUAUUAUAUACAUAUUACAAUUUUUUAUAACUUCUUUUAUAAUUUAUAAAACUUGCUUUAUAAUUUUACAUACCAAUUGUGUACACUUUAAUAUGAAAGUCUUAACACACAUAAUGCAUUUGUAGGUACAGAGAAGUGUGUUUAUAUGUCACUAACUAAGAAAAAAAAAGUUCACUUGAAUUUGGACGCCUUAAUAAUUAAAGCGGUUUCUUUUUAGAAUGAGGUUAAUAUAUGAAUAUGUCACAAUGAUCAUUACAGUAUGUCACAGGUGAUAGAAUGUAAAAUGCAGUUUGGUGUUAAACAGUACACUUUAUCAAGAUACAGUUAUAGGUGUGUGUACUCCACACUGCAACGUUGUUUAAACAAAGCUUGUGUCACCUAUAAGUUCCACAUGAAUUAACUGUUUAUUAACAAUAUAAUGCCAUUUACUUGUAUAUUAAUUGUACUCAACGCACACCACGGCGGCAUGUGUUGGCGCUUUAACGUUAUUUUAAUUAAUACAACAUAGGUCCCCAAAAUAAUUAUUGUAAUACAUAUUAACCAUUAUUAUGUUAACACGCAUAUACUCACUUCUAUCACACGAAAUCAUGGAAUAAAUCAAUAGUAAUAAUUAUAUAAAAAUAUUUUCAUAGUUUAUGGAACGUAUUAUAUAAUAUCACACAUUGAUGCAACGUUCUGAAUUUAUUUAACAGCAUUAAAGUGUUCUACCUGAUUUGCUUCUUAAAUUGACAUUUCUAAAAUAAAUAAAAUAGACUUGAAACUGUUUUCCUAUGUUUUUAAAUAAUUUACGUUUUAUCUGUAUAAGUGGAAGUCCCAUAACCCAAUAUAUUUUUUAGAUAAUUGUUUUUUUUCCCUGUCAAAUAACAUUAAAAUUGCCCAGAGCAGGUACACCAUAAUAUAAUGUGUUGCAGGUGCUAUGUGACAUGUCACUUGUCAAGUCUUAUUAAUUACUAAUACAUCAGUUUAAUAAAAAACACCAACACUGCCAUCUGCAUCAACAAUACAUUUAAAUGGUUUAUCAGUAGUCUUUCACUAAAUUAGAUUAGUCCACACAAUGUAUGUAGAUCAGAUGAAGAUUUUAUAUAUAUAUAUAUAUAUAUAUAUAUAUAUAUAUAUAUAUAUAUAUAUAUAUAUAUAUAUAUAUAUAUAUAUAUAUAUAUUAUGGUAGAAAUACAGUUAUAUAUUGAGCUAAAUAUUGAUGUCCACAUUUAAUUUGCUUGAGUGGGUUUUUAGAACAAUAAAUAAUUCUUUAUUCAGUAUUGGGUGUCUUAAAUAAAUAUGGAACAAAGUUCUAAAUAGAAAAUACAAACCUGAAAUAUUCCAGCGCAAUCAGUAAGUAUACCGUAUUGGUUGCCAUGGUGAUUGCUCCACUUUAAGAAUCCUGAAGUACCAUUCUGUUUGCCACUUUUUUUUUUAUAAAUUCCCUGCAGGGUUUUGGAUAGGGACCUUGUCAGAAGUGAGCAUUAGAUUCAGUGGAAGGUUCCACUAGCUGGCCUGCUGAUUAUUUUCUCUGAGGCUACAAGAGAUCUUUCAAGUUAUGUAACAUGCUCCAUCAGUUAACCAUUGGCCUGACAUGCCAAGGAAUAAACCGUGACUGGCUUGUUAUUUCCCCCCUUACCUCCUGAAACACUGAACACACAGACAUCAACAUGUCCAGAUACCACAGAGCAAGCACAAUCUGCCAAGCAGUGAGGGCAGGUCAUUGUUUAUUAUCUUUCUGGAGAUCUUAAAAAAGUUCUACUUUCAGUUCAGGGAUGUCUGUACUUUAACUGUUCCCAUGCUUGUGUGCUGUGCAGUAAGUGAAUGGAAUACUGGAUUUACAUAUUAAAAACACAUUUAGAGCGCUUUCAGUAUGGGCUGCUGACAAUAUGAGAAACGUGUGAGCAAAUAGGUGUGAUCACGAGGUCACACGUGCCUAGUGCUCCCCUUCUCCUUUUAAUUAAAAUCACAGCACAGACAGAUAUCACCGGUUCGGCAUCACUGUGCUAAACGUUCCAAUAGUGAUUUUACAACACAGAAAAAUAGUUGCUACUAGUGAACGCAAGCAAAGGGUUAAUUAAGGUCCUAGUAGAAUACUAUAUAAUAAUAUAAUGUUAAUAAUAUUUAUAUAUACUUUUCAUGUAUAAACACAAACAAAUGGUUAAGUUCCUAGUAUGAAAUAUAUUAUAUAAUAGUAUUUUAUAUAUAUAUAUAUAUAUAUAUAUUUUUUUUUUUUUCUUGUAUAAAUUAUGUUCCUUUUUAUUUUUAUUUUAAAGUGAAUUAUGGAGUUACUAAAGUAGAAGGCCAGUCUCUUCACACAGAGCUCAGCAGACCCAUGGAGACCUGUUGCAGCCUGAGAGUGUCUCCAGUAAAAGGAAUUCAGGAUAAAGGAGAGCUGGAUGAACUUGGAGAUAAAUGUGACAGCAAUGUAUCAAGCAGUAAGAAGAGAAGGCACCGAACAACCUUCACCAGCCUACAGCUGGAAGAGCUGGAGAAAGUCUUUCAGAAGACCCAUUACCCAGAUGUGUAUGUAAGAGAGCAGCUAGCCCUGAGGACAGAACUUACCGAGGCCAGAGUGCAGGUGAGCGUUCCAAACUAUUGUAGAAUGAAAACUCCCAUGAUCCUCUGCCAGCCUUAAAGCAGUCAAACCACACAAAGCUUGGGUUUGUUCAAUAGCUAUGGAUCUAUUUUGCCCAUCCCUGGUUUACACCAUCUUUUUGUCUCAAACCCAUAUUUUGCCAUUUCCAGUCCUUAAUAAAAACAAAAUGCAACAAUGUCAUUUUAAAUGACAUUUGUCCCCUCACAGAAAACACCCAAAAAAGUAAUCCAUUGGACGUCACUUAGCCAUGCCAUAAGAGAAAUCCAAUAAAUCAAACGAUGCACUAAAUAUGACUUCAUGAAAUGAUCAUGUUAAAUAUAUUUACCUUUGACAAGAUUUCAUACAGUGACCAGCUUAUCUCAGUGUUUCUAUUUACCUUGGAUGCAUUAGUCACAGCAGUCAGACUGUGACUGAUUAUAAAGUUUUUUUUGGUUUUUUUUUUAAAUAGGAAGCGAACUUUAUGGCGAUUUCAAAGCAAUUGGCUACAAUUAAAUCCAGCUUGGACUCAUUGUCUAUACGAUUUAACCAUUUUUGUUCAGUACAUAAGCAUAGAUAUUAUCCACACAAUUUCUAGAUUUUUAUUCAUAUCCAAUAGACGAGAAUUUUAUUCAUAUAUAUAUGGGACCGAAGUUAAAAUAAGAGGAUAACUAAAUUUCUUUAAAAAAUCCUUAGCUACCUUCACAACGUGAAAACUCCUCUAAAUAAAGCUCCAAACAGUCAUGAUUUGGGAACUUAACUGGCUUUAUGUUUUCCUGGGUUUAAUAUUUUAUUUUCAAAGACAACAGGGUGCAACAUAUGGUCAGAGUUCAUUUAUAAUUUGCCUUCAGCAUAAUUAUCGUAAAAAAAUGUAAAAAAAUAAAAAAAAACAACAAAAACUAAAACACAAAGCAAAAUAUAAAAUGGGAAAUGGAAACUUAUCUUUGGUUACUGCAGAAUACAUGAAGCAAUUCUGGGUAUAUAUAAUAUAAUGCAAGGAUGGCUAUUCUCACCAGAUGUUUGUGAACUAUAUUUCCUAUAAUGCUCAGCCACUUGGGGAUCACUGGUAAAAGCAUUGCAAGAACUUCUGUGGGUUUAGGAUAGCUAGCCAAUGCAGUUGCAUAGUGUGGCUAAAUUUAGCUGAGUUGAUUCCCAACGUGACACCUGUGGCUGUAGGAGAAUCUGUUCUGUGUGUUAGAUUCACAGGAGCUGCUAACACUUAGCUCUCGGUCUGUUAGGAUGCAGUUUAAUAAAUGAAAUACAUAAUUGAUUAAACUCAAGAUGCUCUCAUACCUUUGGCACACAAAAUAGACCAGGAAGGACAUAAUGUGACUCUAGAAAAAAACAUUUUAUUCCAAAAUACAUCUUAAAAUAAAGUUCUAUUUUUACACAUGAAACCAGAGGAAUCUAAUAUAAUCUCCUAAGUAAUUUUUUUUUUUCUAAACAGUAAUAGUUACAACAUGUUCCAUACUGCUUUACAUUAGUAAAAAUACACUAUGCACAACAGUGAAGAUGAGUUAAUAUCAACAAUUACAAACAAACAAAAAGUCCUGCUCUCAAACUCCCACAACUCCUGAGCUGCAGCAAUGACUAUAGUGCACAUCAGCCCUAGUACAUACAAAAAGUUACUUGUACUAGCCCAAUUCCCUGUGUACAGUUAAAUAACGGGAGUUUUUUUUUAGUAUCACUCCAAUGGCCAUUCGUGUAAGCUCACUUGCUAAGUAAAGACAAAUCCUCUUAGGUGAGUCCUACACUAACAAUUCACCUUGCUGUUUUCACCUAAUACAGGCUUCCCAAACUCCGGCUCUCCAGAUGUUGCUGAACUACAACUCCCAUGAUUCUCAGCCUAUCUAUUUCAUUCAUAGAAUCAUGGGAGUUGAAGUUCAGCAACAUCUGGAGGGCCGGAGUUUGGGGAAGCCUGACCUAAUAGGUAAAACCUCCAAUGAGACAGAGAGGAGUUAUUUUCCUAAACCACUGUUUGUAUUUUCUUUUGUAUCACACAGCCAUGCUACAAUGCUGCCGCUCACCCCAUGUGUUCCCUAUUAAGGGUUAAUAAGAGUGUAGGGUUUUUAAAAAGUACCCCUCAUUAGAGACAGCAAGUGUAGGACUUAUCUAAGAAUUUUUGCCUUGACGUGGCAGGUGAGCUUACCUUGAAUGGCCAUUGGAGUGAUACUAAAAAAAUCUCAAGUUAUUUAAAUGUGCACAGGGAUUUGGGAUAAUUAUUAUUAUUAUUGGUAUUUAUAUAGCGCCAACGAAUUCAGCAGCGCUUUACAAUAUUAUGAAAGAGGUAGAAAUUUUACAAUAAAUUAGAAAAUUACACAAUAAUAAAGGAACAACAGGUAGAUGAGGGCCCUGCUCGUAGGAGCUUACAGUCUAGAGGUGCAAGUGAAGUUUUUCUUUUGAUUUUAUUGUAAGAUCAACAAAUGACAUUUCCCCCACUAAUUCUUUGUCAAAAAAUAUGAAUUUGUAUCGUGUAUAUAUAUUUAAAAUUAUAUCAUUAUAUAUAUCUAUCUAUCUAUCUAUCUAUCUAUCUAUAUAUCUAUAUAUCUAUAUGUAUAUAUGUUUUGUCUGAAUUAAAAACUAACAUAUGAUAAUCUAUAUUUUUUCAUUUAUUCCAAAUGAGUUUAUACAGAAAAUCAAAGAACAUAUUGCGUGCAUGAGCUGUUGUGUCGGCUCGGUAUUGGGGUACAGUUACAUUAAAUUUAAAUUUAGCAUAAACAUGCAUAAUCAACAAAAUCAUAAUUAUGAUUUUCUUAUGAAAUCCAAGUUCAAAACUGAUAGUCAAUAGGUGUAGCUCUAAAAUGAAUCCGGAUUAUAUAUAUAUAGUGUCAUUAGAGGGCAGGGUGUCUGUGUGGAUUCUAUAACUCCUAGAAUCCCCAGCCGCCAAUCUGAUUCAACACUAUAUCUAAUAUAUAGAAUCUCCACUUUUUCAGGCUACAUUUAUGUACGUAUACAUUUAUCUACCUAUCUUUGUUAUAAAUAAUGGCAGAUACUUUUAUUAAGCAGAAAAGUACACAAAUUAAAGGACCACUAUAGUGCCAGGAAAACAUAUUCGUUUUCCUGGCACUAUAGUGCCCUGAGGGUACCCCCACCCUCAGGGACCCACUCCCACCCGGCUCUGGAAAGGGGAAAAGGGUUAAAACUUACCUUUUUCCAGCGCUGGGCGGAGAGCUCUCCUACUCCUCUCCGCCUCCAAUCCGCCCCGUCGGCUGAAUGCGCACGCGCGGCAAGAGCUGCGCGCGCAUUCAACCGGUCACAUAGGAAAGCAUUCAUAAUGCUUUCCUAUGGACGCUGGCGUGCUCUCACUGUGAAAAUCACAGUGAGAAGCACGCAAGCGCCUCUAGUAGCUGUCAAUGAGACAGCCACUAGAGGAAAUAGGGGAAGGCUUAACCCAUUCAUAAACAUAGCAGCUUCUCUGAAACUGCUAUGUUUAUGAAAAAAUGGGUUAACCCUAGCUGGACCUGGCACUCAGACCACUUCAUUAAGCUGAAGUGGUCUGGGUGCCUAGAGUGGUCCUUUAAUGCUGCAAGGUACCUUUCUAGUGCUUUUUGGAUUAAGAGCAGAGAAUCCCACAUGUGGAAUGUGUUUUUUAUUCCUUUUAGAUUGAUGAUGUAGUGUGUUUUCAUAUUAUAGAUUCUGGAAUUGUUCAGUCAUCAGAAAAGAAUGUCUUUGUGCAAACCUAGGGAAAUUUAAUGUCAUGCAAUGCUGUGCAUACAGCACAAGCAAGCCUGGUUUCAGUACAGAAUAUAGCGUAGAGAGAUAUUGCAAACACCAUGCCAAUAAACCUGCAGAAAUGUCCCUAUUCUCUUACAACAUAUCAUUAGAAUUAAUAGCACUCGCCAUUGCAUGCAAAAACAGCAAACCUGACUUUAAUUUAUCUCCUUCAUUUCUUUUCUGCUUCACAUCAGUGUGGUAAUUGGCACCCAUUUAAAGGAGAUUGUCAACCCACCCCCCCUCCGUGAAAGGGUCUCAUUACUAAAUUCUCCUAACAUGUUCUUAGGGAUCCCCUGGGGAGACUGCAGGAAAUAUUUUUUUUUUCCAUCCACAGACAUAAAGAAUAACUUUUCCAAGUUGAUAUUUUCCUUUCUUUUAUUUCUUUGGCCUAUAUUUCACUAUUGUCGUAUUUAUUGUCUCAGGGUAGUAAUAAAUCUGUUUACCAACCUGUUUGAAGAUAAAGGAUUGUAACGAGUGCCUGACCCAUUGGGAAUUAUCAUUGUAGGAGAAAAAAUAAAAUAAAAUAAAAUAAUAUAAAAAAAUAAAAACAUUUAUAGCUGGCGCUGGAAUUCUCCCCCCCCCCCAUGAAAUUAGAACGGUAACAUGCUAAGUUAUGUGUAGCUUAAGGGGAGAAUUUUUCAUUAUAGUUAGCAGUUUAAGACUUUGAACUUAAUUGAGCUGUUUUCUACAACCUCUUAAAACAGCUAUGCUUCCAGGUUAAUAGAUAUGGCAAGUAAAUACAUCAUACCUAUAAAAAUAGCCCUAAAACACUGGGGAAAGUUAGCUCCUAGUUUACUAAGAUAGCUUUUUUCUUUGGUUUUGGGGCUUCGAGAGCUUUAUAAAUGAAAAAGGUUUAUUCAAAAAGAGUCCAAACUGUAGAGAAUUAAAUUCAAAUUACAAAACGAACGCAAAUAUAACAAAUGUUGGAAAAUGAGAAACAAUCCAAAGAAUACUUUAUAGUUAGAGAUUGGCCACAAUUUGCAAUUUGGAUUGCAUCCAGUAGAAUUUAGAGGUGAGCAUAUAACUCUGUAAGACUUUGCGGUUUAUGCACUAAUCAUUGAAUUGCAGUAUUUUGAAGAAAAGUAAGAAUUUGAAGACUUAGACUAUCAUAGGCAAGCUGUGACCAUGACCUGUUGGAUUUUUUUUCCAGAUCAGCUAUAUAUUUAUUUCUACAUUUUAGAAUUUGGAUUUCAUUUUACAAUUCUGUGCUUUUGAAAUACAUUUAGUUAUUAACUUUGUAUGUGCCAAUAUUUGAAGCAAUGCAUUAUGGAUUUGCUUCUACAUAUUGCACUGAAAUAUGUAAUAUUAUAAUGCAUUUUCCCACAGUAAGUCUCUUAAAUGGGUGCUUUCAACUUUUUGAAUUAAAUUUGAAUGAAAGAAUUAGGGUUGUUUUGGUCAACAUAGUUUCUGGAACUCAUAUCACUUUUACAAGUGUUGAGAGGUGCACAAAACACUACCUUCCACUCUGCGGUAUAUGUAUCAAUUAAUCAACACAGUCUCUUAAAUGAGUUGCAGUACUUAUAUAAUUUCUUUCCUGCAGCAUAUGAAUUAUACAUACUUAUUAUACAUGGAGAAGCAUACUGAAUAUAUUGCCCUACAUCAUGAUGAAAAAAAUAUGUCUCCAAAAAAAAAAGUUACCUCUUACCUCUCAAAUCUUCUAUGUCAAAUAUUGUGUUUUAGCCUCUACCACAAAAUCUAAAAAAUAUAAAAAACAAACAACCUUACACCAGAUCAGAAAAGAUAUCUUGAUACCUUAUGUACUAAUUGAAUCCUGGGGGCAUAUGGCUUAUCUCAUUGGCUGACAACAAUCAGCUGAUGCUCUCAGCCAAUGAGCUAGACCUGCUUUGCUGGUCUUAGCUUAGGAGAGCUAAUGAAAAUGCCUGCUUAGGAGUUCUGUCUCUCUUACUAAAUGUUGGAGGUAGUUAGCAGUGCCUGGUGCUCCCGAGCAUGCUAUAGUGGUUAUGGUGUUUGGAGUGUUCCUUUAAUAUUAUUAUCAUACUUUAUAUAUGAAAGAAAUGGAAGAAAUUCCACUGAACAUAAGGAUACAUCACUGGUAAUUAAUAAAUGUAUGAAAAUUUAGAAGAAUGAGGCCUACCUAACCUAAUGUAACCCUGUAAGUACUAGAAACAAACCUUACUGGUUAUUAUUACAAACUGGCCCUCGAGGGCUCUUAUGGACAUGGAAUUCUAUAUUUACUGCAUGGAGUUCUAUAGAGCCCCGUAAAUGUUAAAUGAAUACAUUUUCCAUGCCACAUUAGGGUCUCUAAGGACUAGACUUAUAUGACCUUGUAUCUAGUUAUAUUAACAUGUUAAGACAUUAGUUGUGUCCAUCUGCACAUGGUUUUGUUUACUUGUUAUCUUUCGUAUUUGUCCUCAUGUUUUUAUUAUACUAGGAGUCAGUACCUGCUAUCACAUCUCUAAUUAUAUUAUGCACAGUCAUAGAAACAUUGAAGCAUAUAAACAUAGAAUGUGACGGCAGAUAAGAACCAUUCGGCCCAUCUAGUCUGCCCAAUUUUCUAAAUACUUUCAUUAGUCCCUGGCCCUAUCUUAUAUCUAGGAUAGCCUUAUGCCUAUCCCACGCAUGUUUAAACUCCUUUACUGUGUUAACCUCUACCACUUCAACUAGGAGGCUAUUCCAUGCAUCCACUACCUUCUCAGUAAAGUAACCUUUGUUUAAAAAUCUUUAUUUAAUCCUUUGGAAUUCAGCAAUAAUUGUAGAUUGGCUAUUUUAGCCAACAUUUUACAAUUCAGGUUUAAAGUCACCCUAAUCCAUUGGUUAGUGAAUAGGCCUCUUUACUUCUAUGAUCGUUGAGAGCUGGGUUUAUACAUCAUAUGCUAAAGGUUGAGCAAUUCAUUACUCUUAAAUGCAUUUUACUUGAAAUAGAACAAUAAGACGAGAUGACAUACAUUUGGGAAUACCUGUACUAGGAGACUUGCUUGAUGUUCAUUGUAAUCCUUAAGGACACAUGACAUGUGUGACAUGUCAUAAUUCCCUUUUAUUCCAGAAGUUUGGUCCCUAAGGGGUUAAAGUAAGCACAUAAUGGGAGUCAGGAUGGAAGUUAGACAACAAAAAUUGGUCCUUUAUUUUGAUUGACUAAUGGAAAGUUUUAUGCAGUCAGAACAUUUGCAGGGUUACUCACUAAAGUGAGAAUUCAACGUGAAUUUUAAACUUAAGGUAAAAAUAGCCAAGCUGUGAAUAUUCACUAAGUCAUCUUUGCUUCCGGCUUGUCUCCUUUUGACUUACAUUUGAAAAUCCCUUUGAAUUCUCACAUUAGUAAAUAAUCCUUAUGGUCAUAUAUUUGAUAAUGCAUAAUUAAAAAAACAAAAAAAACAAGUGAAUAUACCCGGCUGCUUUUAAAUGCACACAUUCUAAAGAAAUAAAAGAGAAAAUUAUCUAGUUUCAAAACUUUUUUUUGCAAGUUUUCAAACUGCUGAAAAUUGUCUUUUUUUUUAAAUAUAAUUUUAGCUUACAUUUAAUUAAUAAUGUCAGUUUUUUUUACGUCAUUCUACUUUGUGUAUUGCCAGAAAUAUUUAACAUGGGACUCAACAAAAUUCUCAGAAACAUAAUUUUACCAAUAUCUUAUUAUAUUUGAGCAGAAGAAUGUCAUAGAAAUGAGUAAGACUCUGGUUGACAUUUACUGUGUAUUCUUAGACUUCGACUUUUGUCCAGCCCUUCGAGACGGGUGUUGUGCAAUGACGUAUGGGCUGAGGCCACCUGAUUAUCUUUAUUAGAAAUGAGAACCCAGUGUUCUUAAUUAGUGCUACCCAUAUUGCCAUCAACAACAUUUAAAGAGACAUUGUGUUUAUUGGGAAAUACGUUAUUGCUCAGUGGUGUACAAAGUUUAUUUGAUUUUUGUUUUUUAAAUUAGAGAAAUCCAGAAACUGUAUUGGAUUCCAUAAGGACAGAGCUCUAGAGUAGGCAAUGUUUGCAAAAUCCAAGAGAACCUUCUUUUAGAAUAAAAUGUAUAUAUUUCUACUAAUAUUCUGUAAAGUCUCAUUAGAGCAUUCAGGGUGAAAGCUUCCAACACUGUCCACUGUGAAGAACACGGUAUUUAUAAACAAACAGGCAAACAAAGAAAAACAAAACACCUUUAUAUUGUAAAGCGUUUUUUUGCAUAAUAGGUCCAUUCUAAAAUCAAUAUGCUGUGAGUUAAUUUCUAGUGAUAAUUUAAUGUAUAAUUUAUAAUAUAUCAAUUAGUAGAAAAAAACUAUAGCUAAAAAUAUCUUGGGUGGUCUCAUUUAAAAAAAAAAAAAAAAACCUGGUCUUGUAUGUUUAAAUCACUGAUUCUUCAUUUUUUUUUUAAAAAACCUGGUCUUGUAUGUUUAAAUCACUGAUUCUUCAUUUUUUUUUUUUUUUUGUCAAGAAACUUGACAAAGAGACCUAAUAUUUAUUUGCAAAACUGGUACAAUGACCCAUUCUUCAGGUAUAAUAUAAUAAGCAUUAAAAUAUAUAUUUUUUUAAUCAAACACCUCAACAGGGACUGCCCUGUAUCAAAGGGCUCUUCCCUACAAUGGGAGAACCUUGCUGAUUCAGUAAAUAACUAUUGAGAACAAUUGGAUUAUAUACCGGUUCAUUCUAAUUCUAAACAUUUAAAAUGACAUGGGAACUAUUUUGAGCCCUGAAUGAAGACUGAAGAACCACGGUAUCUGAAUUAUUUGUAUCUACUUCACUGGUUUAUUUAUGUCUGUUUAGCCUACAUUUUGCUCGACCAUCUAUUCAAUUUAUUGAGUACUUUGAAAUUUGAUUUAACCUUAUAAAUACAUUUUAACAAUUAAAAUAAGUAUUUACUGUACAAUUUUUCUGCCUUUUAGUAGUUAGUCCAUCUUAGUAAACGCGCAAAACAUGUAUCAAUGUAUAUCAUGUUGUGUUAGUUUUACAGCCUAAAUACUUUUUUAUUAGAAAAUGUACUAGGGUUUAUCCAGCUCUAAAAAAUACAGAAAUCAAACACAUUUUACUCAUAAAAAUUCCAUUUGUUAUCAAUAUGUUCAUAGUUUUCCUCAAUCCUUUUAACCGUGUAGACCCACCUUUGCUGCUCAAGCAAAACUUGCUUCAAAAUACCAAAAUAGUUUUAACCCAGGGACAUUGUUAUAAGAUUGACUGUAAGACUAAACAAUUCAAAGAAAGGCAGGUAACAGCUGUGUAAAGGCUGUGCAAUUUUAAUGUGAAGGAAAAGGGCAAUUUAUGUGUUCAUUUUUUUUUUUUCCUUCUGGCUUUGAAUUUAGUUAAAAAAAUAUUACCAGAUUUAACAAAGAAAAAGCUGGUAUUACUUUAUUACUCCUAUUGUUCCGAGCGGGAUCACAUGUGGGUGUCUUUGACAAAUAGCUUAUAUCUACAGAGACACAGCAAAUCUGAUGUUGCCUCCUCCUGACAGCCUGUGGUUUGGCUAGUAAUCCUUUAAAGUGAGCCAGCAAGGUUAGGGAAGGAUUACGGGUUCUGAUGUAUCAAAUUCUGCUGCCAUGACAGUUUAUUUCCUCCGUUUUGGUCUACAGCAUGAUAUGAGAGAGACAAUGUGUUUUUUAGACAUGGUGCAAACCUUUGUGGCUAAAGGCUGUGUCGAUUACGUGUAUUAUAUAAAAAUGCUAUGAUCGUAAUGUGAUAUACAAUACUGUAGGGCUCAAAAUUUCUACCCAUCACUAGCCAUUGGCAAACAAAAAUUAGCACUGGAGAGUAGAAACUGCCCUGCUCAAUGUGCCUUGGACCCCCCAGACUUGCAGUGGCAAAUAACUUUUAAAGCCUUGCUAGUAGCUUAAGUCUUGAAAUUGUAAGACCUAGAGAAGAGGUAGGCAACCUCUGACACUAGAAACAGUGUGGACUACAUUGCCCAUAAUGCUCUUACAGUCAAAACGCUGGCAAAUCAUCAUGGGAGAUGAGAUCCAUUACAUCUGGAUUGCCUAAGGCUGCCCUGUAGUAUACCAUCGUUCUACACAAAAGUGUCUUAACACGUUCAUUUAUUUAUUGAUGCUACAUUUCUUUUUAUUUUCAUGGGAUUAGUCUAUAUUUAGCUGAGUACAAUUCUUGUUUUUUUUUAAUAUUCUUUUUUUAACAAUAAAAAUAAAAUAAUUUUGCAAAUUGUUGAACUAAUGUAAGUACAUAGAAGAGAGCGAUAAAAUAACAAUUCCAUAUAAAUAAAAACAUUUUUCAACUCUCUACUUCCAUUUUUGUUUCUACUUUUGUAAAAAAAAAAAAAGUCCCUAAAGUGAAUAUAUAACUGAAUUAGGAAUAUUUUCCUUAAUAUAGCCUGUGGCUAUCACUUAAGCCAACUAGUCAAACUAGUUUUAUUGGACAAGGUGCCAUUCAUGUGAAGUCAUCAUGGAUGUACGUGGGAAAGUGCCAGACACUACAUUUAACUGAAAAAUGUUUUGGAAAUGUCUUGCGACCGGUUCUGCUCGAGGAAUGUUUUCUUAUUGCACUGGAGACUUGGGGCAAACAGUACAGACCGAUUGAAUUAUGCAUUAGUGGUUAAUCCUCUUUAUUUAUCAGGCUUUUACUUGAUGAAAUAUUCCAAUUUUUCUCAUGUAGGUUUGGUUCCAAAACCGCAGAGCUAAGUGGAGAAAGAGAGAACGUUAUGGACAAAUACAACAAGCCAAGAGCCAUUUUGCUGCCACCUAUGACAUUUCAGUUUUACCGAGAACUGACAGUUACCCCCAGGUAAGCAUUCAAAGAUAGAUUUAUUUUAUAUUUCGUUACAGUGCUACGUUUGAAAAUAUUCAAAUAUUUAAUUUAGGGACACUAUAUUUUGCAGACUUGAGUUUGUGGUUCUUGUUAGAAAAAAGCAUUUUUUUUGGGUCAGUUUGCACUACGUAACUUAAGGGGACAUGGUCAAUGCCCGGUGGGUAUAGAUUUGUUAUGAAGAAACCUUGAUUAGAAUGAUUUUGCUAAACAAACCAGUUGACGUUAUUACAAAUACCCAUCACAAUCACAUUUUUGUUGUUUUAGUGUUUAGACAUGAUCAAAAGUAUUUUCUUUAAAAUAUUUGAUUUUUUCAACAGAUACAUUUAAUAGUAUAAUAAAAAAACAAGUAGCACAGUAACAGUGAUAAGUGUGUGUAUAUAUAUAUAUAUAUUCCAGCCUCUGGCACUCACCAUCAAUAAAGCAUAAACCAUAAAAAUACCUGGGUGCUUCCAGCGAACAAAUAGAUAAGUAAAUAAACGUAGCACCCCUUAGGAAAUUUUCCAAUUGUGUAUUUCAAAGAAUAAUCGAUGUUUCGACCCUCAAGGGUCUUUACUUGUGAAAUAUACAAUUGGAAAAUUUCCUAAGGAGUGCUCCGUUUAUUUACCUAUCUAUAUAUCAAGGACCCUAUUUAGCCUUGACUUGCAGAGAGUCCCAGUAAGGAAGUAUUUCCCAAGUAAGUGGAUUGAUCUCAUAAGAGCAAGCAUUAGGCUGCUACUAGGAUAGGACCUGCCGAAUAUGGGGUACUUUGACGUAGUUGGCAGGCCUAUGCAACAUAUGAUCAUAUAAUGUAACUAAACCCCCAUUAUUUUUUGCCUAGGUGAGGUGUUUUUAAAUAAAACUAUUACAAUCUCUAAGAUUUGAAAUCAUUGUUUAGUGAAUAAGUGAGUGCGCUGGAUUCUGUAUUAUAUAUCUAUAUAUAGUGUUUACCCUCCUGUAUUAUGUAAAUGUAUUUUUGUGCAGCCAAACUCUGUCUGCACAAAUCGAAAUUACUUUGUAGUAAAUAUGCUGGCAUGGUUAAUUCUGUAUUAAUAUAAAAAUGUUUCUUGAUAUAUAUGAGUUUAAUAUCUACAUAGUGUAUAUGUAAUAGAAAUAGGUAAGGCCUAUUUCAAAAUUUGUAUUGACAUUCUUGAGCAUGAUUUGCCAUUAGACAGAGUCAAAUGUCAGACAACAGGACACAGAUUACUGAGAGUGGAAACAUAUAUAUUAAUCUUCAUGCACCGUUUUACUAACGUAGAAUAAUUUGAUCAGUUGGGGAAACAUUCACAAGUUCCUUAAGACUUCUAUUUAACCUGGAUAGCUUUAGCGAACCACAUAUUAAUUUAUGACUGUCUCAAUGAUCUCUAUGUAUAAGGGAGAAUAGACAGUUUUAUCCCAUCAUAACUAUUGCUAGACUCGUAGCUGUUUUAAUAUCACUUAGUACCCAACACAAACAUCUGUUCAGAUUGAAUGGAAUUUGUUUAAGACCUCAAAGCAGUCUAUCAUUGUAGAAAAAAAAUACUAAUACAUUGGUUGCAUCAAAAGCUUAAUCUAUCUACCUAUUACAACUAAUUCUAUAUGAUCCAUUUUUAUGGUAUCUUAAGGAUUGGAGAUUAAGAUAUAGUGACAUAGCAGAAUGAAACAUCAAAAUGUUGUCUUUUUACAUACACUUUGGUAUGUUAACACAGUGCUAAUUCCUUAAUAAAUAAAUAACAAUAAAUCCGUUAUUUUGUAUAUUUACUUGUUAAACAAAUAUGGCAGAACUGAAUAAUGUAAUGUUUACUUGCUGUCUAUUUUUGAUUAUACAGUACUCUUUUUCGAAAUGCCUGCAAUUCUCGCUUUCCUUACAGUUCCAAUAUAGUAAAAAAAAAACUAUUAAACUAAACUGAUCUAUGUCCCCUUGUGCAUUUAAUUUACUUCUAAAGGCCAGUGACACAUAUUUUGCCUAACAAUCCUGUGUUUACAGACAAUAUUAUGUUGGCCUGUCUUACUUAUUUUGCGUUAACAUUGUGCAGAAGUACAGAUAAUGGUAAACAAAUAGAACAAUUAAUUUUGACUUAGGUUCUGCAAUCCUAUUGUGAUAAUGACAUGAAUUGAGUUAGAUUGUGAUAGUAACAGUCCUUGAGAGUGUUCUUUGAAAAGUUAUACAUACAAUUUUAUUUCCAAAAACAGUAGAAUAUUAUUCAAGAAUUAACUAUAAUCCCCAAACAACAUAUUAUGUGAUCUUCUGCUGUUGGCUGCUGCUUAGAUAAACUAACUCCUAGUAAUCCUUUAACAGAAAGAAGGUUUUUACAGCCGUACGUCUAUGUGUUUUAUUUUUAAUAAGGAAACUACAUGGCUGAGCAUGCGACAAUUUUCUUUUAUAAAUAUUUUAUGACCAAACAUGAAAAGAAAUAUAAAUAUUUGAAAGUAUAUACUAUAGUGUUUCGACAUAACUGGUAUUUUACUUGCGAACCGGUAAGACAGAGUCAGCAGUAACCAUUUGAAAGUCCUGCCAUUUUUGAUGUAAUACCUAUUUUUUUAUGAAUUUAAAACGAUGCAUUGUAUCAGUUUGCACAGCUCUGUGAAAUAUCUUGACACAGUUUAAAUAAGAAAAUACCUUAUAAUAAUAAGAUAUUCCAUGGGUAGUAAUUAUAAAACAUUAAGCAAUAUAUAUGUAUAUAACAAUAAUGUAAAAAAAAAAAACAAUCUUGGAAGAAUGUGCAAUGAUUUCAGUUUCCACUGUCUCUUUUCUUUGAAUUUUGUUUUUCUUGGCCUCCGCUUAUAUUUCCGUUUAUUUUUCCUUCAAUCAUUUUCUUCUGUGAGAAAAAAGGACUAAGUGUAUCUGUACCAUUAAAAUAAAACAAAAUCUUUAUUUUCCAGUCUCGACGCAUAGCAGCUCUGAAUGCUUUCAAUUCGAAAGCAUUUUACUGUAGGUUCCUAAGCUUUGUUGACUCUUGAAUAAAUAAACUGCGCGAUGUAAGAUAGUAUAAUACCUUUGGGGACAUUUUUUGGUGAACCUUGGCCCACAGUGGUAAAGGAUUGCUUGAAAUAACCUUUUCUAGCCAGUACAUCUGUUUUCAUUUGGUUGACUUUUUGAGUGACUUCGCUUCAUCUCCCCCUUUUUUUCUAGAGAGAACUUUUAUUAUGCUUCAAAGAGCUGAUGUUGAAAGCAUUGAAUGUUUUCUUGUUUUUGUUAUGAACAUGUCAUUGCUAUCCAAAUUAGGUAAUUGGCAGAUUGAAGCUCCAUGACGUACUGUAAAGCGAUGCAUUUAAAACUAUAGUGUAAAAAUAUACUGUAACUAUUUUUUCAACAUUUAAUUUUAUAACAAAACUUCACUUACCUUGUUUUAAAAACUACAGAUUUCACCACAACACAAUUUAAACAUUAAUAAUUCUUUCUAUAGAAGCUACAAACCUGUCAUCGUAUCUCUCUCUCUUUCUCUCUCUUGUUUGUGCAUCUCUUCACUUACCCUUGUUCGAUGGUGGCAUCCUUCUUUAACUACUUUUUGGUCCGUAUCACAAAAUAUCCAAAUAAAAACAUUGCAAGUAAUCAAUAAUGUGUGUGUUCACAAAGACAUUUCCUCUGGGAUGGUUUCAGUCAUUCAAAAUAUGCAUCUUAUAAAUGGUGCUUCUGACUGAAGAAGUCUAAAGAUGGCCGUACCCGUAGAGCAAGUAUGAACCAGUAAAUGCACUAAAAAGAGGCAUUAAUUUAUUAAAUAACAUUAUUAUUAUUAAUACUAAUAAUAAUUAGUGACGACUUUACUUUUAUGGGGUUGUUCUAGAACUUGCUCUUAUAUUCUAAGCUGACUUAAAAGAUCGGUGUUUCAAUGUGUUCAUAUAUUGUUGCCAAUAUAUUUUCAAUGAUUAUAGGAGAACACGGCAUAUUGUUAUAUAAUAUUGUGCUUAAUAAAUGUAUGAUAACUAGUGAUGUCCCGAACGGUUCGCCGAACGGUUCGCCACGGACUCAUAUUGAGUAAACUUUGACCCUGUACCUCACAGUCAGCAGACACAUUCCAACCAAUCAGCAGCAGACUCACCCUCCAAGACCUCCCCACCUCCUGGACAGCUCACUAAGAAUGCAGCUUCAAAAUGGAUGCUGUCCAGGAGGUGGGAGGGUCUGCUGCUGAUUGGCUGGAAUGUGUCUGCUGACUGUGAGGUACAGGGUCAAAGUUUACUCAAUGAUGAGUCCGUUGCGAACCGUUCGGCGAACCGUUCGGGACAUCACUAAUGAUAACAUUUGAAUACAUAUAUAGAGAAAUUAGCCUCACAGUUUUAACCUAAUGUAGUCGAAUACGUUUACUGAUUUUUUUAAAAGACCUUAAUUUAUUUAUUGGAAUGUACUUGGGUUCAGUAAGCCUUGUAAUUAAGUAUGUCUAGUGGACUGUGGUAUUUCUGUAAUUAAAUAUCUGAAUGUGUAGUCCAUUACUGGAUAGAAAUACAGCUCUGAUACUGUUCUCAAACAUUUUGGUAUGUUUCUAUUACAGAUUCAGAAUAACUUGUGGACAGGAAAUCCUGCUGGUGGAUCUGUGGUCACAUCGUGUAUGCUUCCACGAGAACCUUCCUCUUGUAUGACUCCUUACUCCCAUUCCUCCCGGAGCGACUCUUCAUAUAGUGGCUUUACAAAUCACCAAAAUCAGUUUAGCCAUAUGCCUCUUAACAAUUUCUUUACCGAAUCUAUAUUAUCAGGAUCAACAAAUGGACAUUCUUUUGAGGCCAAACCAGAAUUUGAGAGAAGGUCAUCUAGCAUUGCAGUUCUUCGAAUGAAAGCCAAAGAGCACGCAGCCAACAUUUCCUGGGCUAUGUAAAAUAAGCUACUUUUUAUAAUAAGAUACUAAAACAUUCUAUUUAAAGUUAUGUACAAUAUCAGUGUUCAGAUUCUGUUCAUAAUGGACAAGUCAUUAUUAUUGUGUUUAUAAACCCUGUAAAAUAAUUCCUUUGUAAGAAAUAAAUGUAUUGAAAUCAAAUUUAAUAUCAAA